AUGAGCGCGGGCAGCGGCGCCGCCGCCGCGGCGGGCACCGCCACCUCCGCCCUCUGCCUGCUCCUCUCGCUCACCGCCGUGGCCGUCUGCCUGCUGCUGGGCGCCAAGACGGCGGAGCUGCAGGGCCGGCUGGCCGCCCUGGAGGAGCGGGGCGCCGCCGGCCCCGGGCCGCUGCUGGACGCGCUGCAGCCCCGCGUGGAGCAGCUCUUCCGCGAGAAACUGGGUGAAGGACUAGCAAAGCUGCGGACGGCGAGAGAGGCUCCGUCAGACUGCAUGUGCCCCCCAGGCCCUCCAGGGAGGCGGGGGAAGCCCGGCCGGCGCGGAGAACCCGGACCUGCAGGGCAGUCAGGACGCGAUGGUUACCCGGGGCCUCUCGGUUUGGAUGGCAAACCAGGACCUCCAGGACCAAAAGGGGAAAAGGGUGAAGCAGGGGACAUCGGCCCGAGGGGCGAUCAAGGUCAAGAUGGAGCCACUGGCCCCCCUGGUCCGCCAGGACCCCCAGGUGCCCGGGGGCCUCCUGGUGACACAGGAAAAGAUGGCCCAAGAGGACCUCCAGGCCCCCCUGGUUUCAAAGGUGAGCCAGGAGAGGACGGCCUCAUGGGUGCCAGGGGACCUCCAGGACCAAAGGGUGAGCCUGGCAUCCAAGGGAAAAAGGGUGAUGAUGGGAUCCCUGGGGAACCAGGACUUAUGGGCCCUAAGGGAGAAAAAGGAAGCGCGGGUCCCAAGGGAGAGAACGGCACAGAUGGCUUGCCAGGACCCAAGGGUGAACCUGGUGAGAAGGGAGGAAUUGGCUCCAUCGGACCCCGGGGUCCCCCCGGCCUGAAAGGGGAACAGGGUGACACCGUAGUGAUCGACUAUGACGGCCGAAUCCUGGAUGCGCUCAAGGGUUCGCCGGGUCCCCCAGGGCCACCAGGCCCCCAAGGUGCUCCAGGUCCCAAGGGAGAGCUGGGCUUGCCAGGUCCACCUGGACUGGACGGUGAAAAGGGUCCCAAAGGAGCGAAGGGUGACCAGGGCAGCGCGGGGAUCACGGGACAGAAAGGAGAGACAGGAGAAAUGGGCUUACCAGGUCCACCGGGAGCAGAAGGGCCGAAAGGAGACAAAGGAGAAAAAGGAGACACUGGGUCACCGUGUUUGCAGAAUAAUCACAUCAUACCCGAGCCCGGACCCCCCGGAUUACCCGGCCCUAUGGGUCCUCCAGGAAUCCAGGGACCUAAAGGCUUGGACGGUGCCAAGGGAGAAAAAGGUGACAGCGGUGAGAAGGGGGACCACGGUGACACUGGACCCGCUGGUCUCCCCGGUGCUCCAGGGCUCAUCGGUUUACCCGGUACCAAAGGAGAGAAGGGAAAGCCGGGGGAGCCAGGAUUGGAUGGUUUCCCAGGUCUCAGAGGAGAGAAAGGAGAGAGGAGUGAAAGAGGCGAGAAGGGUGAGCGAGGAAUACCGGGGAGAAAAGGAGCCAAAGGGCAGAAGGGGGAACCAGGCCCUCCUGGACUGGAUCAGCCUUGUCCCGUGGGACCAGACGGACUGCCAGUAGCAGGAUGUUGGCAUAAGGUACAGUAAUAA